GCUCGCCAUCGAGCACGAGCAGGACUCGCACGGCAAGUCCCGCUUUGUCCUGGGCACUCGCGCCGAGGUUGAGGAGGAGGAGUAAACGCUUGAUUGCGCUCCAUAAUACCAUCCCCGCUGGCUCUCACUUGCUACGCAUACAUGCAUGAGCUGGAACCCUACUCCUCCGGCUUGCUCAUUUUACCCGUAUUAUAGACUUUUUUUUUUCUUAUUACCUGUUGUCUCUUUUAUUAGAGCCAAUUUCUCUUCUAUUUUACAUGUAUGUAUGUCAUUAAUAGUGGUAAAUUUAGUCAAUCAAGGGUCACCUAUUCAAUACUUCUUUUCUUUCCACUUUUCCACUUUUCCAUUUUCCAGUAGACCUUCUAAAAUCCCUCCACUGUUCCCUCUUCUCCGCACAACAACCUUCGAAAAAAAAUCUUUUUUCAACCUGAUUGCCAAUCGUCUCAACCGAGCCAAGAGCUCCCUCUUCGUUUGCCCACUUCCACCCGGCCGUUAACUCGGAGCUUCACCGGUUGCGCUUAAUUGUUCCAGCCAUGAAGCCUCCACUCGGCCCGGUGGAGCAAUCUCAACCAGGGGCGAAUGCCAAUGUUUCUGUGGCCAAGCUGCUUCAGUAGUACACUACGGUUUGCGGUUACUCGGAUCCAGGUUUCAGGCUUUCAGCAAGCCCGGCUUUUC